AUGGAAGCGGCAGGGUGCGCGGAGCCUGGCCGCGAGCGCAGCGGCCACGGGGAGACGAGCGGCAGCGAGUCCGCAGGAGAGGACCCGCGGUGGAGACACAGCGACCAUGGCGCGCAGCCCCAAACAUGUGAUGUUGAAGAGGAGCCGCGACCAUGCAGGACGAACAAUGUGCGAAGCUCCCUGGUGCUUCAGUCCCUGGUGCUUCAGUCCCUGGUGCUUCAGUCCCUGGUGGUGCUUCAGUCCCUGGUGCUUCAGUCCCUGGUGCUUCAGUCCCUGGUGCUUCAGUCCCUGGUGCUUCAGUCCCUGGUGCUUCAGUCCCUGGUGCUUCAGUCCCUGGUGCUUCAGUCCCUGGUGCUUCAGUCCCUGGUGCUUCAGUCCCUGGUGCUUCAGUCCCUGGUGGUGCUUCAGUCCCUGGUGCUUCAGUCCCUGGUGCUUCAGUCCCUGGUGCUUCAGUCCCUGGUGCUUCAGUCCCUGGUGCUUCAGUCCCUGGUGCUUCAGUCCCUGGUGGUGCUUCAGUCCCUGGUCCUUCAGUCCCUGGUGCUUCAGUCCCUGGUGCUUCAGUCCCUGAUGGCGCUUCAGUCCCUGGUGCUUCAGUCCCUGGUGGUGCUUCAGUCCCUGAUGGCGCUUCAGUCCCUGGUGCUUCAGUCCCUGGUGCUUCAGUCCCUGGUGCCUCAGUCCCUGGUGCCUCAGUCCCUGGUGCUUCAGUCCCUGGUGGUGCUUCAGUCCCUGGUGCUUCAGUCCCUGAUGGCGCUUCAGUCCCUGGUGCUUCAGUCCCUGGUGCUUCAGUCCCUGAUGGCGCUUCAGUCCCUGGUGUUUCAGUCCCUGGUGGUGCUUCAGUCCCUGGUGCUUCAGUCCCUGGUGCUUCAGUCCCUGGUGCUUCAGUCCCUGGUGGUGCUUCAGUCCCUGGUGCUUCAGUCCCUGGUGGUGCUUCAGUCCCUGGUGCUUCAGUCCCUGGUGGUGCUUCAGUCCCUGGUGGUGCUUCAGUCCCUGGCGCUUCAGUCCCUGGUGCUUCAGUCCCUGGUGGUGCUUCAGUCCCUUCUCGCUGAUCUAAGACCAGCUCGCACAAACAUUCAGUGGGAGUUCGCAGUCACCAAAAAGGAAAUCAAAACAAGGAGGAAUAAAUAA